AUGAAAUUUGAACGCGGUUAUUACGACGUUUUCGUUAAAACAUGUGCCACACAUCCCUCAAGAGUUGCAGUGAGAUACUAUGACAAUGGAGACUACAAAAACUACACAUACUCAGAACUCUAUGGAGUGUGCGAGUAUAUUUCACAGAAUCUUCAGCAACUCAAAUGCAACAAAGGCGUAAUUGGCUUAGUUUCUGAAAGAAAUAUCCUCAUACCUUGUGUUAUUGCUGCGGCCCAUAAAUGCAGUACUACAUUCAUGUUCGUAGAUCCAAAUCAAGAUGUAGAGACUAUAGCAAAACAGCUUGAAUUUACAAUGAUUGUCACUAUCAAGAGUGACACUAGUGAAAAUAAUUCUGAACUAUUUAGUAAAAAACCAAACCGAACAGUAUCAGUUUUCAAUAUAUCCAUAAAUUUUUAUACUUGCGAUUAUCCUAGUGACCCGAACAGCAAGCUCUUAGAACAUCAUUCAUAUAUAGCUAUAACUUCCGGCAGUACUGGGGAGCCUAAACACAUACAAGUACCCAUACAAUGUUUACAACCAAAUAUAGAUGACUUGACCAAAAUCUUUAAUAUAACACCUGAGGAUGUAAUUUUCUUCUCCACACCUCUUACUUUUGAUCCCUCAAUGGUCGAAAUACUCAUAGCAUGCAUGAAUGGAGCUUCACUACUCAUAGCACCUGAUAAAGCUGACAUAUUGUUUCCUGCAAACAGUCAGAAUGCUGUUACAUUUUGGCAAACAACACCAUCCAGAUUUUUACAAUUUUCAAAUUCUGAUAUACACAAUAUAAUAUUGAGUGCUACCUCCACACUUAAGAUUCUAGCACUUGGUGGAGAACCUUUAAGCAGUAUCAAGAGACUAAGAGAAUUAAAAGAUAUUAACAAUAAAACUAGAAUAUUCACUUUGUAUGGAGUUACUGAGAUGUCGUGCUGGGCAUGUGUUGCAGAACUUGACUUGUAUAAACUUACUAAUAAUAGAGAAAUACCUCUUGGGAACUGUCUCUCUGAGACACAAGUAGUUGUUGAACAUCAUAAGAAAGAACAUAAGCAUACUGGGAAUAUCAUAUUAGUAAGCAAAACAAGAAAUUGUAUGAUUCUUAAUAAAGGGAAAGGCAAAGAUGAACAAAGUUUUCUAAAGUUUGUGGACACGGGUGAUAUAGGAGAAAUUAAGGGUGGUACCAUAUACUAUAGAGGCCGCAGAGAUGACACCAUCAAGAGGUUUGGCCAUAAAGUAAAUCUGCAGCUCAUUGAGGUGACCAUCAUGCAAUGUCCUAGAGUAAAAACUUGUGCAUGUUUGUGGUUGCCAAAGCCACUACUUCUAGUUGUAUAUUUUUCUUCUGAGACAAUUAGCAGCCAAGAGUUAUCUGACUUUCUAAAGUGUAAACUGGAUGAAAAGCACUGGCCAGACAAAAUAAUGAGAGUAGAUAAUUUGCCCACAAAUAGUCAUGGAAAAAUUUCAAAACAACUUUUAUAUAAAAUGUAUGAAAAAACGACAGGAAUACCACAGAGUUUAGACUCACUGAAAACAUUAUUCAUGAAAGAAUUGAAUACUCUACUUAAAAAGUGUUUUACUUAUGAACAAGUAAAGAGCAAGGAUUUUUUCGCUAUUGGUGGAACUUCCUUUGUAGCUUUGACUAUGGCCAAUAAGUUAUCACUAACAUUCCCACAAAUGGGCAAACUCAUUUUACCUUAUUUGCUGUCACGAAAUACAAUUGAUGAAAUUGUUCAAAUACUACAAAAGGAAGUCUUUGGUGAAGAUUCCAAACGUAAAAAGCAAAUGAAAAGAUCCAGAUCAGCAAAUGAUACUGAAAAGACUUCAACCAAUGUAGGCCAACUGGCCAUCAAAAAAGCAAACACUGUACAGUCAAUUAAUAAUAUUCAAUUUAUGCCAUUAUGGACAAUUGACACAGGAAAAUGUAUAGAUGCAACUCCAACAUUAUUUCAAUCAGGAUUUCAUCUGUACGUCACGGUUGGCAGUCAUUCUGGCAAAGUCAUUGUUGUGGACGGAAUCAGUGGAGAGUUGAAAGGCAUCUUGAAAUUGAAAUCACGCAUCGAAGCCGCGGUUGUCUAUUGUCCCGGAGGGCAGCCAGCUGGUGUCAUCGGUUCCUACGACGGAAGUAUAGUUAAAUUUUCACUAGAUACCGUCACAGAACUGUGGAGGAUUAAUAUUGGAUGUAUGAUCAAGAGCAAAGGAGUCUAUUGUCAUAGUAGAUUGUAUAUUGCGUCCUAUGAUGGCAACAUCCGCUGUAUUGAUGUCACGAAUGGUGAUGUACUGGACACGAUAGAUGUUUGCGAGCAAGGCAUAUCAGCAGACUUGGUGCUAGCUAAGAAUCAGUAUUUACUGCUGGGAACUUUGUCGGGUGUGUGCGCUAGUAUCCACACAUAUACAAACUUAGUGGUAUGGCGUGGGUCGCUCAACAGUCCUAUAUUUGCUAGCCCUGUUCUCUAUGACGAGGACAAAUAUGUUAUAUUUGCUGAAGUUUGUGGUGAUAUACAUUGCAGAACAGUCGAGAAGGGUAUUCAGAUAUGGAAGUACCAAGGUGCAAAAGGAAACAUAUUUUCAUCCCUCUAUGUAAAGAAAAUAGGUAAUUUCAACUGGCAAGUGACAUUCGGUUGUCAUGACAAAACAGUGUACAGUCUACACAUAAAGAAUUUUCAGCCACGACUGCAUUGGAAAGCUCAGUUAAGUUCACCUAUUUACUCAACUCCUUGUGGAUUUGGGGACCAAUUCAUCUUAGCUGCUGCAAAUAAUGGAAAAUUAUGUAUUAUAGACUGUGAUAACGGUUCAAUUUUGGGAGAAUACCAAUUACCAGAUGAGACAUUUUCAUCACCAGUCACAUAUGGCGAUUAUAUAUUUAUAGGAUGUCGGAAUGAUAAUCUGUAUUCUAUUAAAUGUAUAUUUAAUUCAGAUAGCUCAAUUCUUUUAGGAGAAAACCAUUGUUAA